GUGUGUGUGUGCGUGUGUGUCCCCUGCCAUCUCCCCCACCCCUAUCUCUUUACAGGACUGCCAACCCGUCUAGAGUUAUUCCAGGAAUGCGUUGAACAUGGCUGCCGCUAUGAAGGCACAGAAAACGGGACUGCUGGAGCUCCGAGUCACCGUGGACCGCUGGAUCCGGGUUUUGGCCACCCUGACCGAGGAGACCCUGACGUUAAGUCCCGGAGAGGCCGGGGAGGAACCGGGCAAACCCAGCCCGACCCCCGCCGGCGCCUUGAACGGAGAUCCGCCGAACCUCAGCUCGUCCCCGGUCCCGGAGACGAUCACCAACGUGAAGCGCACCGUGCGCGUCACCAAGCAGGACGUGGGAGGACUCGGAAUCAGUAUCAAAGGUGGGAAGGAGAAUAAGAUGCCAAUCCUCAUCUCGAAAAUCUUCAAGGGUCUGGCUGCUGAUCAGACUGAGGCGCUCUACGUCGGUGACGCCAUCUUGUCGGUCAAUGGGUUCGACCUGCGGGAGGCAACACAUGAUGAGGCCGUGCAGGCCCUCAAGAAGACCGGCAAGGAGGUCAUCCUCGAAGUGAAGUACAUCAAGGAGAUGUCGGCCUUCUUUAAAAACUCGGGCUCUCCUGGGGCGUCCCUCCCGUGGGAGUCGCCUCCGUCCACGCCUCAGCGAGCCGCCGACGCCGAGUUGAGGGAGCCCCGCAGCAUCCCGCUCAAAAUGUGCCAGGUGUCCCGGAAACAGUGCCCCCCAGACACGGAAAACAGGUAUUUCGAAGUGAUCUCGUCCAGCAGAAAGAACUCUGUGUUCCUGCGGGCAAAAGACCCGGCCAUGGCUCAGUCCUGGUACAGCGCCAUCCUGGCGGGCACCGCCAACUUGGUGCCCAGAGUGAAAGAGGAGAUGAAGGCCCUGCAGCCUGGCAUGGAGGUCAAACAUCUGGGCUGGAUUAUGGAGCAGGUCACUCAUGGUCCAGAGAGGCCAGUGAUGGCAGUGUUGACUGACAGAGACCUGCUUCUGUUCCCCACCCUGCCGGACAGCAAAGAGAGUAUCAGCAGUCCUACCAAGAGCCACCCACUCAUCACUACACGACUGGUUCACUCCGGCCCAGGGAAAAGUUCUCCCUUGCUGGACUCAGAGCUGUCAUUUGGCCUUCGUUCGGGCACAAAACAAGGCGUGGAGACACACGUGUUCAGGGUGGACUCGGCCAAGGAGCUCUCUGCCUGGACUCACCUGCUGGUGGAGGGCUGCCACAACGCCGCCGAGCUCAUCCAGGAAGUCACCACAGCCUGCAGCUGGAAUGGGAAGGAGUGCACGUUGGGCGUGCACAUCGACGAGGGAUUCACGCUGUUCACCGAGGAGAUGGGUGUUCGGAAAAGCGUUCUGUUGCAGCAGCCCUUCGAGCGCCUCAGGAUGUCUUCAGACGAUGGUGUUCGCAUGAUGUUUCUAGACUUUGGAGGCCCAGAGGCCGAGAUACAACUGGACCUCCACUGUUGUCCCAAGACCAUCGUCUUCAUCAUCCACUCUUUCCUGUCCGCUAAGGUCAAGCGGCUUGGCCUGCUGGCAUGAUAACGACAAACCAGUCAGUCAGAGGAGUACCACUGGGAAUAUUCAGAAAAGAAAAUACACACACACACACACACGCACACACACACAGCUCAGAAGACUCGGGAGGAGACAGACGAGGAGAAGGUGCUGACUUUAACUGCUUACUUUUCAGCCUCUUUGGGGCUUUCACGACCGUCAUCUCUGCCAGACACCCACUGUUCUGGCAAGCAGAAAAGUCAGAACUCUGCGAUGUGUGAUGGACCUUUUGUUGAACUUGUAGCUUUGUUUUUGUUACUUACAGAGAGCGUAGGUCAACAGUCACACAAGCCAUUUGACGACUGAAAUCUGUCACCGCAGGUUCCAGCAUGCCAUGAUGAUGAUGAUGAUGAUGAUGAUGGAUGGCAAACUGUAGGAUUGUGACAGCCUGUAUCAUACUGUAUCCGGGCUUCAGCCUCCACCCGUACACCUUUCAUUAUCUGAGCCCCCAUUGUUGAGUUUUUUUGUUUUGUUUCAUGAGUCAUGGCGGGCGGCUGUCACCCGCCUCCUUUCAUCUGUCAGUCUUUAUGUGCCGCAAGCAGUCAUGACAAAAGCAGUCGCCUCACGAGCAGAAGCUGUUGUGAUAGAUAGUACAAAAAAAAAAUCAUUUCGGCGUUGAGGCACCUUCAAGUGGAGCGAGAAGAUAUCACACACCCAUCGCCAAAUGAUCAAUAGUCUAAUAAUAAUAAUGUAAAGAACACCACUUUAAUAUCUUCCCUUAUGAUGCAGCCUAGCACCUGUUGACAUGGAUUUUAAAAUGAUCACUAACCUGUCUCUCUCUACGUGGAGCUAUAAUAACCUUAUUUUUUUAAUUUCUCCAGUUUGAAUGUCUAAAAUGGAAAAAAAAUUGUUUUGUUUUUGCAGCUAAGCUGAUUUUCUACUCUUAUUAUUCCCUCUGUCCUCAUUAAAGAAGAAAAAAAAAUCAGAUGGCAUAUGACAAACCGAAAACCAGACUGCUAUGUUAUGUAAACACUGUUUUUACCUUCUUUCUUUUUUUUAGCCUAGCCAUUAAAUAUCAGAGACAGAUAAGGACUGAUGACUCUCCUUACACGAUGUUGACGUCCAUCAGGAGCCUGAAGCCGUCUGGAGUGUCGGACAUGAGCAGCCUCUUUACAUUUGCUGCUGCUGCUCAUAAGCCCGCUGUUUCCUUCAGCCCAUGUGAUUUAGAAGUGCCAGAAAAGAACAGAAGUCCAGUUAAGCUACUGUAGCGAAUUCGGGGGUAGUGUAACGACCACGGAUGAGUAGACUCGCUAACUGGUUGGCUAACGGGUCAGACCCUUUAGUCGACUGGUUAAUGUAGUCACCCAUGGUGCGUCCCGGCUGCGGCGGUUCCUGGCUGCCCCCUGAAUCCGCUACAUCGGUGUCAGAAGUGGGAUGGUGAGACCGUGAGGCCAUUUGAAACGCGUGCGCCCAGAGGCAUGAGGGAGCUGGUAUGCUGAAGCGCGGGGACACGCUUCCUGAAUUCAGGGGGCAGCCGGGAACCACCGGGACGCGAACCCAGGUCACCUGCACCAUGGGGGUCUACAUUAACCAGUUGACUAAAGGGUCCGACCCGUUAGCCAACCGGCUAGGGAGUCUACUCAUCUGUGGUCAUUACACCACCCCCCUCCUUCAGGAAGCGCGUCCCCGCACUUCAGCAUACCAGCUCCCUCAUGCCUCUGGGCACACGCGCUUCCGAUGGCCUCACCAUCCCACGUCUGCCACCAAUGCAGCGAAUUCAGGGGGCAGCCGGUAAUCCGUUGCAGCCGGGAAGCGAACCCGGGUUGCCCGCACCACGGGCGACUGCGCUAACCAGUCAAUUAAAGGGUCCAACCCGUUAGCCAAGGGCUAGCAAGUCUAGUCAUAGGUGGUCGUUACACUACUCUUUCUGUAAAAAUAAGCAUUUUAGUUAAAACCAUUUCAGUACACAAUGUUCCUGUCUUUACUUUGGAAUUAAUUUGCCAUAACAAAUAAAUACGUUACAGGGACUUUUUGUUUUUUAUUCCUUGUGGCCAAAAUGUCAACACAUGCAUUGAAACACCAGUAGAAAAAAAAAAUGUUAAUGUGUUCACAUCGUAAAACGUUUGAAUAAUUUCUCUCAUUUCUUCUCUGUCAGCGGACCCACGAACUGAGGCCUUUUCUCUGUAUGAUGCUAAACAGACUUAUAUUAAUAUAUAUUUCAAAGCUAAAACUCAUUUGCUUUCAAGAAUAAUAUGUAUGUAUAUUCUUAUUUAAACAAAGGUGUGCCUUGCAGGGUUGUUUGUAUAUAAAAGUGUAAUAAACUCUG